UAAGAAAACCAAUAGUAAGCUGACCAUGACCACAAACAGAUAUGGCCCUGAAGUAGAGCCUAGAUACAUUUUGCCUGUUUAACCUCCAACAGCAGAAAGCACAGCAGUUGUAUUUGUACUUCCUGUUGGUAGUAUCAAACAUACUCUUUGCGUUUGCUUACAAAACGGAAACGGCCACCUCCCUUCCAGAACUUACUAUCCUUAUCACAAUCUGACUUUAGGUUUCAGGAAGUGACCUAUAUAUUAUGCUCCUGUUCACAUUUUAGGAUGGACGAUAUGGGUCCUGGCCCUAUAGUUCAGUGCAGUAACAAAAGAUAUAAGAGGCUUGCUUACAGCACAGGCAGGAGGUAAAUUUCAACCUGUUUAUUGUAGGAACCAAUGCUCACAUACGCCGGUUGGCCAAAGUGAGAAAUCCGUUCAGGCCAGAUUUUCCUUUUUCCAUAAAUACCUCCCAAAUGUUUUUUCUUUACUAGCUGAUGCUUGAGCAGGAAGGGAAACAAAAGAGAACAGUGAGUUGAAUUAAGAAAAACAAGCAAGAUGGAUCGUGACACAGUUACCCUCAUGAUCCAGAGCUUCACUGAAACCUGUGAUUAUUUUGGAAGGAGAAAAUAGUUUGCUUGAGCCUUUCCUGCUGCAUAGAUCAUUGGAGACACUGCUUGGGUUAGACUUGAAGGAUAUAACAGCUGUCGUAUCGUAGUCCUCUUGCUUGAUCCCAUCUCGACAGGAGAUUCAGUUCAUGCAGUUAGGUUGAUCAUUGACUGGGAACUUUAGCGAUGUGUUUUCUGUCUUUCACACACUUUGUAGUUUUCCCUGUUGGUAGACAGGGAGUGGUUGAAGUUAGCCACUGCCUGAAGAUUAUGUGUACUGAUUAACCUUCCUAACAUAGUAGUAUUUGUCCCCCUCUAGUGAAUAAGCCUUUAACCUACAUUGUCUACACUGUCUGAAUUUAACACUCAAGUCAUAAUCUCCUGUCUACAUAUCCCCACCCAAAACCCUCUAUCCUUCCCUUGUUCUGGUUCUUUUUUGUUAUUUCCCCCACUUAAACUUUGCAGGACCUACAGCAGGUGAUGGUAUCGGGGCCCAAUCUCAACGAGACUAGCAUUGUAUCUGGGGGUUAUGGAGGAACAGCAGAGGGUAUCAUCCCCACCAGCUCAAUCAAAGAUCUGCGUAUGAAGUCCAGGCAAAGUAGCGUUCCCCCAAGCAGGUCUGUCUUCUGCCACAUAACAAGCCAAUCAAAUGAAUACCAAGGUUCAAACAUGCACCACAGCAGCAGCAGCUCGUCAAUGACGGCAGAGGAAGUGACCCGCGGUGUGGCUGUGGAAAAACUAGAAACCAUGAAGAAGUGGGGUUUCAACACUUACAAGUGUACAAAGCAAAUGAUCUCAGAGCGUUUUGGUCGGGGUUCCCGGACUGUGGACCUGGAGCUGGAGGCCCAGAUUGAGGUGCUGAGAGACACUAAAAAGAAAUAUGAGAGUGUGCUGCGAUUGGCCAGAGCGCUGACCAACCACUUCUACAACAUGGUGCAGACGCAGCAUGCGCUGGGUGACACCUUUGCUGACCUCAGUCAGAAAUCUCCAGAGCUACGGGAUGAGUUUGGCUACAAUGCAGAGACUCAGAAGUUGCUGUGUAAGAACGGGGAGACUCUACUUGGUGCCAUUAACUUCUUUGUGUCCAGCAUCAACACACUGGUCAAGAAGACCAUGGAGGACACCCUAAUGACAAUCAAGAUGUAUGAAAAUGCCAGACUGGAGUUUGAUGCCUACCGGUCAGACCUGGAAGAACUGAGUCUGGGUCCGAGGGACGCUGUAGCCAUGGCCCGCAUAGAUGCUGCUCAGCAACAGUACCAAGUCCAGAAGGACAAGUAUGAACGCCUUCGCUCGGACGUCAUCAUUAAACUCAAGUUCCUGGAGGAGAAUAAGGUGAAGGUGAUGCAUAAGCAGCUCCUCCUCUUCCAUAAUGCCAUCUCAGCAUACUUUGCUGGCAACCAGCAGCAGCUGGAGCAGACGCUGAAGCAGUUCAACAUUAAGUUGAGGCCUCCAGGGGCUGACAAGCCCUCCUGGUUAGAGGAGCAGUGAGCGGGUCUGCUGGACCUCCUGCAGCCUCCCUCUCGACCAUCCCCACCUGUUACCAGUUGAAACCCCCAACUUACAGAGGACCACAACAGAGGGAAACGCAUACAAAUAAUUGGGUGGAUGACGAUAUGAGAUUAGCGUGUGGCUGGAUGAUUGGACAGAUGGAUUGCAGGGUAUUAUUGAUGAGUGGGCUAAAUGCAGCAGGAAACUAAGUGGCCAGUUUCAUGAACAGUCAGGGGGCUUUUAGUGCCUCUUCUCAACGUCUUUAUUUUCCAGUCUAACCUUUUCUUUGUGCUUUGUUCCCAGAGGACUUGUUCGUCUCUCCCUCCAUUCCCUCUCCCAUAUUUGUCUUAACCCCCUUAUAUCUCAACACUAUUUUGCUGUGUGAGCUUGUUUUAGUCAUGUUCAUGGCCAAUAUUGUGCUCCCAGUGUUCUUGCAUUAAACUUCAACCCCACGCCAUCUUGGUAACAGAGACCGAUGAUAAAAGGAAAAUGAUAAAACCGAUAAAACACACUCAGAUGUAUCAAACACUACAUCAAAAGACCUUAUUACUCUUCUUGUGUGCCCUUGUAUAUAUGAGCUAACGUACUUAAUGAGCAUGUGGCCUGCAGGAAGUAAGAUAAGUUCAAAGAUUUCAAACUACACAUGAAGGGGAUUUGUAUGUUACACUAAAAAAGGAAUGUCCAGACAUUUCAAAUUAAUGUAUAUUUCAAAUUAAGUACUGUUUCACUUUUGAAAUAAAUAGUAUAUGAUAAUUUGUAGCUUAUAAAAAAGCACACUGCUGUGUUAAGUUUAGUUUUUGCUGAGUUUGACUGUCAUCUCUUUAUUUUGUAAUUAUUUCAGUUCUAGUCAGCUUGUAUGUCAUGUGUUUCAGAAUGAAGGACAGUAUACAGUUGGGCAGUGUAUGCUGGUAAUUUAGACUGCAGGUACUGCAGUACUUAAUCUGUAAUUAUCAGAAACGCUUUAGAUUUCAACUGUAACCUGAAAGUUCAACUUGAAUAUGCAACGAUCAUUUAAGGAACACUGCCACAGCUUCCCAAAGUUAUACUGGUUGGGGUCUUUAUUAAUUGUAUUUUUAUUUUUCCAAAGAGAAUUGAGAGAGACGUUUACUGGACCCUUGCUAUGUUUUCAUUGGUUGUUUAAGCAAAAUUGAUCGGUUCAGUCUCGAUGUGGACUGAGGAGGCUUUGAGGGACAGUUGAACUUUGUUAGAUGGUAUUUCAGUCAGUUAAGAUCCAACAAACUUGGAAUGGAUUCACUCCAUUAUGUUAUUGUUUAACGGACUGUAUUUAAAAGGAAUUGAUUACAUUUAGUUUGUUUUCACAUUGAUACAUUGAAAUGUGUUUUUGUCUUAUGUUUGUGUUUUAAAGUUAACAAGGACAUGCCAUUGACAUCUAGGGUCAUAUAUUUCAGCCCCUUAACGCGGAAUAUAUCGGUCUAUGGUUACCUUUCUUCACACUGAAGAUUACUGUAGCUGUCUAACAUUACUAAUCCAGAAUCAUGUAAAUUGUAGUUGGGUAAUGUGAUAACACUUAUGAUUCAUCAUUUGUUUCAUCUCCUUUAACCGAAACACUGUCUUAGUAUAAUGGUAGUAAACAAUCAGAGAAUGUAAUACCACAAAAUAUCGGCAUGGUACUACAUAUGUAAUGUUGAACUUUUAUGCACCACUGUAUUUAUUAGGUUCAUUGUAUGUGUUAAUCUGUAAGAAUCAACAUAUUUGUACCCUGAAACUUACUCAAUUUAUGAGUAUGUCGUUCAUAGCGUUUUGCAGAUGACACAUGAAAACAGGCUAACCAAAUAUGUAAUUGAUAUUCUUCAAAAAAUAUUUCUAAGCUAACUGUUGGAAAGUGGUUUAGGUUCCCAGUGUCCAACCUCUGUGAAGUCAAAUGAAGAUAAUCCGGUAUAAUGAAUGUUUUACCAUGCUGAAUUGAACUCCUGAUCAGUUAACAGGUCAGUUGUCCAGCUUCUUGUCUCCUCUGUAUUUGCAUGGCAGGCAGCGAUCCAAAGUACAGGUGCAGAUAUGUGUGAAUGCACUGAUGCUCUACUCUUGGCCUUCUGUGCGCCAGCUUGCAUGAACUAGCAUAACACCAUGCUUACGGUUGUUAGUUUAAAUUUUGAAACCGGCUGAAGCAGAAUUCAAAAUGUGUUUCCUUUUAAUGCUGCACUCUUGAGGAGAAUUGUGAAAGGAAGUGGAUUGGAUUUUUGGAUGAAAAGCCGGUAUCAAAAAUUGAUUCUAUGGUUUGUUUGACUUGUGUUUUCUGAAAUCAUAUAUGUCAGUGUGUCAAUUGGGUGUAUUUUAUUCUGGCUGAGGAAGACCUUGGCCACAUUUACGGCUAAAAUCGCAGUUUCACUGGCCAGCUCCUGGUCUGUUUGACCGUCACACAGCAAUAUUAACAAAAUGUGACUCCUCUUUUCCAAACCUGCCCCUUUGUAAUUCCUAACCACAUCACCAAAAUGAAUGGCAAUAGGAUUUCUUUUGUUCCAUAGUUGUGAAACCACCAGUAAAUUGAAAAAAGUGUGACAUGCAUUUAAAGUCAGUCUUACUAGCAGUCUUUAAGAUCUUUGCCGAGAGAGAACCAAGAUUUAUUAAAUAAGAUAUUUUAUUUGUGUACAAUCAAUAUUUUCUAGGCUGAGCUGGUGUAUUGUACUGUAUGAACGAUUGCACAUAAUGGUAUUUAAGAUGAUAAAUGAAGUUGUUUCAUGGAUUGAUGUGAUACUCUGCCUUCAUUCCUCACUCAGACCUGAAAAGUCCCACCCCACCCGAAGGGAACAAAAUUAAAAGUACACAUUUUCAAAUCCU